CGCUCGCUGCUCUCCCCCGCCCACCCGCGCGACAGUUGUAGCUGCGUCUGGACGCGCGGGCACGUCCGCGCCGCCGAGAUGCCUGCGGCCCGGCCCCCUCUCCGCUGAGCGCAAUGAGCUGCCCUAACGGCCCUCCCCGCCCCGAAGAGGCCGGCAGCCUGGCGAUGGUGCUGAGCGCGCUGGGUCCCGGAGCCGCGCGGGUCCUGUUCUAUCCGACCUUGCUGUACACGCUGGUGCGGGAGUGGCUGCCCGGCUCGCAGCGGCCCUGGUUCAGCCGCGUCGACCGCUCCGUGCUGCUGGGGGCGCUGCCUCUGCGGGGACGCAGCCGCCAGUUGGUAGAGGAGCAGAAUGUCCGAGGAGUGGUCACCAUGAACGAAGAGUAUGAGACUCGCUUCCUGUGUUAUUCCUCUGAGGAAUGGGCGGAAAUGGGUGUAGAACAGUUGCGCCUUAGUACUGUUGAUUUGACUGGCGUCCCAUCAUUGGAAAAUCUGCAUAAAGGUGUUGAGUUUGUGAUGAAGCAUCGUGCAUCUGGGAACUCAGUAUAUGUGCACUGCAAAGCUGGCCGCUUUCGCAGUGCCACUAUGGUUGCUGCAUAUUUAAUUCAGCUCCACCACUGUACCCCUCAACAAGCAAUAGCCACAAUUCUUAAGAUACGUCCUCAUAUAAUCAUACGUGAAAAGCAAAUGAAGUUGCUGGAGGACUUUCAUACGUGUGUAACUGCUGGAACUCCUGCACAGCAAGAGCCACCAAAGAUUCAGCAAGGAAAGAACAAGCCAACACACAACGUGCAGAACCGUCCACUGAAAACAUCUGGUUCCUAACAUAUUGUUUAGGGGUAGACUGUUGUCUCAGCUACCACAAAGUUUCUUGAAGCAUGAGAGCAAAGGAGAUCUGGUAGCUUCCAGCUUUAUGACUGCUAGCUGAACAUGGUUUGCCUCUACUGCUGGUCUCUAUUAUUACUUAUCUCAGUGCACCAGCAUGGGACCACUGUCAGCGCUGCUCCCUCUCAAAUACAAGCAAUUAUAAACAAGUUGUGUUGUUCCGGAAGGCCUUUAUUGAGACUUGCACCCCAAGGAUCUUACAGCAUCAACAAAUAGCUAGCUGUUGUACCUUCUGGAACUGAAAGGGCAGGGCUGAUUCUGCCUAGUGGAUCAAGUAGGAGAAGCAACCCAUCAGUAGAUCCUUCUCCACCCCCUGUUACAAUUCUAUUAUCACAUCAGACUGAUUGCCACUGCUUACAUCACUCUAGUGUCAAGGGCAGCCCACGUUUCGAACUAUGGAAACCUUUCUACACUGAUUACAGUUAAGGGAGGCAGGCUGAAACACUGAAUAGACUGCUUUGUCAUGUACCUUUAAACUUGAUCGCAGUAUCUCUGAGAAACCUGCACGCUCUUCUUUAUUGAAGCCAAUCCAGGUUUCUAUGGCAGCUGCUGGAUUCUGUGAACAUGGAACCCCAUCUGUAUGGUUGCAGAUAAAAAAAACCAUAUAAAGUAUAAAAUUUUCAUGGCAUGGGCAUAGCAAGUACAGUAUUCCCUUUCCCCCCAACACAUACCAGCUUUAGCUGAUAUAAACAAGAGCAGGAGCCCUUGCAUGUUAGCAUUUCUAUUCUACAGAAGCAGCAAAAAUAUUUCCUGCCCAAGGCUGUCGACUUAAUGAAUUUGUUAUCUGGUAACCAUAGCCUCAACAUUAUUAACAGGACCAGACUACAUUCUCUGCUUGCCACAGAUAAACAGCUAGGCCUUCAUUUUGUCCUGCUUAAUUUUGGAGGGUUUUUUUA